AUGAAGAAGAUAGUGGAUGAUCAAGUUGAUGACAAUCAGAUUAUAACAAGAUUGGAGGUGGAUGGUGCAGAGAUCACAGCGAAUAUUAUACAGGGCGAUCAGAAGCAUGUCACUCCAAUCAAUCCAUUCGAAUACUCAGUGCGAACUGUUGACGACGCAUUGCAUCUGCCAGCGUUACCUCGCAGUGUUGGCCUCGAAUCAGUGUACGUGGCUGGCGCCAUACAUAAUCAACUCAAGAAGUCGAUGGAUGUGCUGCGCUCGCUGACCGAGGCCGGCCGCAUGGAGAGCUCGUUCGCGCUGUUCCAGGUGAUGGAGCGCUUCUACGUGCCCAUCGCGCCCGACUGCUACGCACUCAUUCGCAAGCAGAUUGAGCGAGCGCUCGUCGAGGUGGCGCAGUUCAACGACGCGAUCAUGCGCGAGACGCUGAACCCGGGCUCGGUGCCCGACCACGAACUGUACAUACCCACGGUCGAGACGAUGAACACGGUGCUCAACUACUACACCGAGACGGACCGCCUGCCCCAGGCAUUCCGUCUGUUCCUCACGAUGCGCAUCCUGGACGUCAAGCCCAACCAGCACACAUACCGCUCGCUGAUCAACGCGUCGAUGCGCUACGAGGACAUUGAGCUGGCGCUUCUGGCAUUCGAGAACAUGAGGAAUGACGGCAUCAUCCUCGAGGAGCAGACGUACGAGCGUCUGUUUGAGAGCUGCUGCAACACUGUGCACAUCGAUGGUGCCGUCGAGCUCUACCACGAGAUGCUCAAGAACUUCAGCAUACCGACCAUCAACAAGUUUGCCUACCUCACUACCCUCGGCGUCACCGGUCUCAUGUCCUGGGUACGCAUGCCCAAGAGCAGUCGAUCAGGUCGUGGAUGGGUGACCUCACUCCAAGUAUCUCCCAGUCGAUACAUAUUCCCUCCCAAGCAUGAGAAUCAUAAGUUGUUGGAACCAUUCAUUCCAAUUGAGAUACAGAAUAAACUGAUAGGAAGGCAACAGACGAGUGGUGGUGGUGGUGAUGGAGAUGAUAAUAGACCAUCUGGAUUACUUCCAUUCGCUUGA